GAAGAUAGCCUCUGGAGUUUUUAUGUCCUGUCAUGACUUCAAUUCCCAUUUAUAAUCUCUGUCUCUCUCUCUCUCUAUAUCUCUGUUUAUCCCUCUCUAUAUAUAACCUUACUUCUUCUCGUGUUUGUCAGCUAGACUGAAAGAUAUCUUUUCAGGACAGAGCGAGAGAGAAGGAGAGAGAGGGCGGAUGAUUUCGAAGGCUUUCCUCGAGUCCCUUUACCUGUUCUACAGGUUCAUGCUAAAGAGACUGAGGAAUUCUUAUACAACCUACGGAAGAACACACAAGUGUCCUCCCCCGGACAAGCUCUCCACCCAGACCAUAGUAUGUGACAUGGAGGGAGCGCUUCUCAGGAAUUCCUCCACCUUCCCAUACUUGAUGCUGGUGGCACUGGAGGCGGGAGGGUUCUUGAGAGGCCUACUUCUCUUGUCUCUCUACCCCCUCAUCUCUUGCCUGAGCCGUGAACUGGCCCUGCGGCUCAUGGUCUUCGUUUGCUUCCUCGGUGUGAGGAAGGAGAGCUUCAGGAUGGGGCGAGCCGUGCUCCCCAAGUUCUUCCUGGAAGACGUGGGGCUGGAAGGCUUCGAGGUGUUGAGGAGAGGAGGGAGGAGGGUGUGCGUCAGUUCCAUGCCCACCGCUAUGGUGGAAGGCUUCCUUAAGGAGUACUUGAACGUCGAGGUGGUGCUGGGGAGGGAGCUGAAGGUGUUUGCUGGCUACUACACUGGUUUGAUGGAGGAGACCGAGGUGAAGGCUGGCUUGGCUUUGGAGGAGUUGCUUGCGGGUGGGAGGGUGACGGAAGACGGAAUCGUCGGAUUCGGAGGCUACUCCAGUUCUCUUCACCAGCAGCUCUUUACUUGCUGCAAGGAAGUCUACUUGGUGAGUGAGGUUGAGAAGAGAAGGUGGCAGCAGCUACCGAGAUCGAGCUAUCCUAAGCCCCUGGUCUUCCAUGACGGCAGAAUAGCGUUCAGGCCGACCCCCAUGUCCACCCUCUUCAUGUUCCUGUGGCUUCCCCUCGGCUUACCCCUCGCCGUCGCCCGGGCCCUCGUCUUCAUCUGCCUCCCCUACGCCCUCUCCACCCCUCUGCUCGCCACCCUGGGCAUGCGCAACCGGUGCGUCACCUCCUCAACGGCGCACCCCAAGGCGGACGGCGGUUCCCACGGCAGCAAGCAGCUCUACAUCAGCAACCACCGCACCCUCCUUGACCCCCUCUGCAUCGCCGCGGUCCUCCGCCGCAACGUCACCGCCACCACCUACAGCGUCAGCCCCAUCAACGAGUGGAUCUCCCCCAUCCGGACCAUCAGACUGACGAGGAACAGGGAGGAGGACAGGCGGCGGAUGAAGAAGCUGCUGGAGGAGGGGGACCUCGUGGUGUGCCCCGAAGGGACGACGUGCCGCGAGCCGUAUCUGCUCCGCUUCAGCCCGCUGUUCGCGGAGGUGAGCCAGGAGGUAGUCCCCGUCGCGCUGGAGGCGUCGGUCACCAUGUUCUACGGCACGAGCACCAGCAAGUUCAAGUACCUCGACCCCUUGUACUUCCUCAUGAACCCCUCCCCACGCUACGAGGUGGAGUUCAUGGGCAAGGUGGCCACCGGCUCCAUCGGUGGGAAGGAGUGCAGCAGCUACGAGAUCGCCAACCAUCUGCAAGGGCAGAUCGGAAGGCUUCUGGGGUUUGAGUGCACCAAUCUGACCAGGAAAGACAAGUACUUGAUGCUCGCAGGCAACGAAGGGUUCGUCGAGCGAGACAUCAAUAGGAGGUGAUGUGUGUCCAGUCGUUUAAGUCGUAUGAUUAUUCUUUCGUGUAAAAGAAAAGAACAAACAAUACAACACAAACAAGGUUGUUAUGGUUA